AUGGGCAAGGACAAGGACAAGGACAAGGACAAGGGGAAGGGCAAGGACAAGGGCAAGGACAAGGGCAAGGACAAGGGCAAGGACAAGGGCAAGGGCAAGGGCAAGGACAAGGGCAAGGACAAGGGGAAGGACAAGGGCAAGGACAAGGGCAAGGACAAAGGCAAGGACAAGCCCACCAAGGCGCCAGUCAAUGACUGGGACGACUAUAGAGACCCGUACGGCGAUCCAUACGGCGAUUACUACUCGGAUUGCGAUGACUGGUUUGGCGGCGGGAGCAGGUCAGGGAGCAGAGAUGGAGGCCAUGGCCGCGGAACGCGGGCAUCGCGGGCCGACGCGCUGUCGUCUGCUGUGCAGGGUACCGACGAUCCGGAACGUGCAGAGCGGACGGCGCGGCUUGCAGAGCGGGCGCGGGCGCGGCGUGCAGAGCAGGGCCUGGGGUGGGCGCGGGAGCAGGUCCGGAAGCAAAUGCUUGAGGAGCAGGACGUGCACCUGACGUUUAAGCCGCAGAUCUCGGCGCAGUCCAAGGUGCUUGCGGCGUCGGACCGGCUGCGCAACCGACGCAUCGACGUCCUUGCUCUCCGUGACAAAGUUUUGCCGUCCAAGACUGAAGCCUUGUCAGAGUUUGUUCUCGGCGACGGGUACCGGCUUGCGCAGACGGUGCGCGAGAAGCAGUACCUGCUGCAGAAGCGGCGCAAGGAAAUUCGCUGGGAGAUGGACGUCAACGGCAAUGCCACCGACUACGCCUUUGUGGCCAUGAAGGCUCGUCAGCGCAACAUUGAUGACGGCCGAGCCACGCCCUCUUUCAUGCCGCAGUAUCCGCACAAGUCGCGCUCGUCGACCCGCAAGAUCUCUGGCCACCUCCGCCCGGGCGCGUCGGUCCAGUUUAAGGAUGAGGCCGACCGCAAGCGGAGCUCGCGCGAGGUGUCGCGGUCAAGCUCGCGUCGUGACGGACGUGAUGGGCGCGAUGGGGUGCGCGAGGUGUCGCGGUCAAGCUCGCGGCGUGAUGGACGUGAUGGGCGCGGACGCGAUGGGCGCGAUGGGCGGAGUGCAUCUCGGGAGCUUGAGCGGUCGAGCUCACGGCGCAACGAGUACGACUCGUCCCUCGAAUUGCCGCGUGACUCGCAUCGGUCUAGUUCACGGCUGGACAGCUCGCGGCCGGACAGCUCACGGCGCUCGGGCUCACGGAACAGCGCCAAGGGCAAGGACAAGAGCAAGAGCAAGAGCAAGAGCCGUGACCGAUCCCAUGACCGCUACGAGCAGCAAGAAGCAGCCGACGGCGAGCUGCGCAUUUUUGACCACGACAGCCUGGAGGAGCAGGAGGAGGAAGAAGAGCAGGCGUCGGACGGGUCGGACGACUCGCGUCGCACUGCCGUGUCGCGGUCGUCUCGUGGUUCAAGAAGCAAUCGGGCGCCGUCGCGCGAGUCGUCAGGCCGCGGCGGAUCUGUCCGCAAGGGCGCGCCGCCAUCGCGGACCCCAUCGGCUCGCGAGCUGCCGGACGACGGGCGGAGCGCAAAGUACGAGGCCUACAUUGCCGAGCUGGCCUUUCUGGAGCGCACAGUCUCGCUCGUUCAGAUCAAGCUCCUCAACGCGUUCAAUAAGUGGUACACGGAACACUACGGUGAAGCUAGCAUGCUCCUGGCUGGCGGCGAGUCGACACUGUCGUCCGAGUCGUCGUUGGUCUCAGGCUUACCUGCGUGGUCGCUCAUGGCGUCACCGCCGCCGACCGCAGCCCAUGUUGCCGAUGCGCAUGUCCAACCCAAGACGCUCAAGCUCCAGCCGCGGCCGCCGGCCCACAUUCCACUGACCGGCAAGAAGCUGCCGCGAGCUUCGCUGGCUGUCUCGGCCGCUGUGGUCGGCGCCGCAGAGUUGGUCAAGGUUGUCCAUGUUGAUGUUGUCGCCGCCCGCGGCCUGCGCAUUCCCAAGCCGCCUGUCCGGCGGUCGACGCAGUCGAUGUCCAUGUCGGGGCUCCGCAGCGGCGACGCCGUCGACUCGUCGGUUGUCCUUGCGCACGGCACUUUCUCGCACGUCUGCCGGACAGUCAAGAACGCGUCUUCGCCUCUCAUUGGCGAGCGCAUCUCGUUCAUGCUCGAGUCACCCGCUGUUGACGCCCUCCUCGACCUGCGGGUCAUGAAUCGCGCAAACGGCGAGGUCUCCGAGCUCGGCUCGGCGCGCAUCCCACUGGAUGUCGUCGCCAACGCUGGUGCCGGCACCUGGAUUGACGCUUGGUACGCCACAACCUCGCACGUCUCGGUCAAGCCGGUCGGCGACGUCCAUCUCCGAUUUGCUCUCACCGAGCUCGGCGAGCCGGCGCCGCCGCUCCCGGCGCGCUCGCUGGCCCACUACGCCAUCGACGUCACCAUCGUCCGCGGUCGCAACAUUCCCCCGACUAACAACCACGUCGACGCGCCGGAUGCUUCGGUGACUGCCAGCCUCAGCGCUCAGCACAUCCACUACUCGCCGGCCGCUGAGGAUACCCGGACGCCGGUCUGGGCCUCGCGCGUCGUCUGGCCCUCGUGUGUUCGGAACCUCGUCGAGUUUGAAGUCACCGACUGGUCGGUUCGCACUCGGCCGGUUGUGGUGGGCAAGGCCACGCUUACACUGGAUGAGGUCCGCCACGGCGCGCUCACCGAGAUGUGGCUCCCGAUCGUCCUUGGGCCCGAGGCUCAGCGAGUCGGUGAGCCGGCACCUGCGCUCCUCGUCCGCUUCACCAUUGUCCCGCCCAAGGUCAUGCUCAACCUGCUCGACGACAGUGACCGCCGCGACCGGGGCCUCGUUGCCGCCCUCACCGGUGCGGUCGAUGCCACCAACGGCGCCAUCGCCGAUGCCGACGCGCUCAAGGUCCCAGCCGUACCGAGCGAGGCCUGGCACCGGCACGGCACGAAGAGCUCCGGCAAACCUGGCUCUGGCCCUCGCUCGGGCUCGGCUGCUACCCGCAAAGUUCUCACCCUGGUCAUGGUCGAGGGCGAGCGGAUUGGCGGGCGUGCGCUGAGGACCAAACCAGACGUCAUGGUUACCUUUGAGCACGGCUCAGCCGCGUCAGUCUCAUCGGAGAUCGCCGACGCGUCGAAGAACCCCAAGUGGGAGGUCGACACUGCGGCGCUUGCCAUGCAGCUCGACCCAUCGGGACCGGAGACGGUCCGAGUCAAGGUCUACGACUUUAACUCGAUUACGUCGAACAAGCUCAUUGCCACUGGUGUCAUUGCGCUUGACGAGGUCUCGCACGGUCCCGAUCCGCAAACGCUGUGGCUCGAGCUCGAUCCUGUGGCCCGCUCGAGCUCGAGUAGCAGCUCGAGUGGGAGCGGCUCGGCCAACAAGCGGCCGGGCUCGGCCGGCGCGUUGCACCUCCGAGCCUGCCUCGCGGCAGCCGGCGCGGCAGCGAGCGGAAACGAGACGUCACGGUCAAGCUCGUCGGCAAGCUCGAGCUCAAGCUCAAGAUCGAGCUUGAGUAAGUCAGACGUGAGCGAGGGCCCCGUCCACAGCCUGACCGUGACGGUGCUCGAGGCGAGCAAGCUCGGGUCGGACGACGUCGACGCGGUAGUGCGAGUCUCUGUCGGCGAGGCCGAGUUCAAGACGCCGGUGGUGAUGAACACCGAGAAUCCGCGGUGGAACGACGCGGUGUACAAUUUCUCUGCUCCGGGCACGACUUCGCAGUGGCGUGAUGAGCUGGUGCUGGAGGUCUCCGACCGGCGGCGCGGGCGGAGUGAUCGAGUGCUGGGUACGGCCAAGCUGGACUUGUCCAAGCUCCGGCCGCACACCUCGCGGAGCACCGAGCACACGCUCGAGCUGCGCGGUGGCAGUCUCGACGGCGGCGACGCCCGGGUUACCUUCCGGGUCGAGUACGUGGGCCCGCAGGCAAAGCGUGCGCGCAAGUCGGCGUCAGCAUCGACGGUCCGGCCAAGCGAGUCCGGCGCGUCGCAGGCGUCGCGGGCGGCUGGGCGCGCAACGCCGCCGACUUCGAAACUGGCUAUGGUGGUGCACUACGGCUCGGUCCAGCCGCGUAUUCUGUACGGCGAGCCGUCAACAACCGUGGUCGUGGUCCACGAUGCCAGCGGCCGAGUCAUGCGGAGUGCAACGCGGCACAACGCGCUGCGGCCGUUCUUCCAAGAGUCGUUUGUGCUUGACGAAGUGAGCAUGGCCGAUACGGUGACGGUGUAUGUGGUCGAUGUGACACUCGGGCCCGAGGCCGACGAGACGACCGAGCAAGCCCGGUUGCUUUCGCGCCCGCUGUACGCGCGCGAUCCAGCCAAGGCUGCCGAGGCGCGGCGCGAGCUGGAGCGGCACGAGCUCUCCGAGUGCACUUUUUCCGCAACCAAGCGUGGCGGGUCAGUCAACGACUCGGUCUUUGGGCGGCUCGCCGGGACACAGCCAGGCAAGUUUGUGACCAAGGACGUGGCGUGGCCCAGGUACCUUGAGCUGCCCGAGUCAAAACGCGACUACCAGGCGUUUCGCAAGGCGCGGGCGCUCGAGGUGGGGAGGGUCAAGGCCGAGCGCGAAGCGACCAAGAAGCGACCGGGCGAGGACGACGAUCUGCGGCCGCCGCGGCAGCACGAAGAACUCAUCGUGUACAAUGACGAGGGCUUUAUCGUGGCCAUCCACGGGCGCGGUCCGCUGCCGCUCCCAGAGCUGCCUGCGGAUGAGGCGUCGAUCCCAAUGUCACGGCCGUCGAUGCUGCUCGAGAAGCGGCUGCUGGGGAACUUUAACAAGUGGUACGCGCAAGAGUACGCGCGUUUUGAGCCGCAUCGGAUUGUGAAGCGGGUAACGUACCAUGGGUGCUUUGACAAGUACGCCGCCGGGUACAAGCAUGCUGUGACGAUUCCGCCCAAGCCAGACCGGUACCGCGCUCCGCGCGGCGAAGCGCGGUACAAGACGACCAAACCCAAGGCGGGUGGCGGGCGACGGUCGGGCUUGGGUGGCGGCGGAGCGACGACCAAGCCGCGGCGCGGACUAGACGACAAGCGCGGUGGCGCACCGAGGUCUGCGGCCGCGUUUCUGCAGACCCGUGCGGCAGUGGCGACUGAGGAGGAAAAGGUCUGGCUGCUCAAGCUUUCAACGUCACGCAACGCAACGUCGCUACAGCGAUCGACCUUCCGUUCACUGGCCGAGUGCACCUUUUCGCCUGCCAUUUCGCGCAAGUCACUUGCACUUGCGCGGAAGCGGUCGUCCAAGAAAACUGCACUCUCGCGACGGCGCGAGUCUCAGCGGCGUGCGGCCGACGCCGGCACGGACCCGCAGUUCUCUUUCAAGCCCGCCACCAACCCCAAGUCGGCGGCGAUCUACAACGAGCUUGUCAUGGGCGGCUCGGACGACGACGAUGACGACAACGCCGACGAAGCCCAGCUACUGGCCGGCAUCGAUACUACGUACAUGGACGAGCGCGAGCGGCAGUCGAUUCUCCGCAAGCGGCGCGAGGCCCGGCGGGUGGCGCGUGCUCGCCAGCGGCGGCUGGCCAAAAUAGCACAGGCGCCCGCGCCCGACCGAAUGGAGGAUCUGAAGAAGGAGGUCGAGGUGGAAGUCAUGGGCGAGUGCUCGUUUGCCCCCGAAGUCUCGUCUCGAACCAAGACGCUCGCCGACAUCCGCGCGGAGCGCAACAAGCUCCGCCUCGCCCUCAAGGCCAAGCACAGCCGCCGCAAACAGGCCAAGCGCGACAAGUGGCUCAAAGCGAAGCGGAAGCGCGCGACUUGGGCCAAGCGAAAGCGCAAGGCCUUCCAGCUCAACUCGGCAGCCAAGUACUCGGGCGCGACAUCGACCAACGUGUCGAAUCUGACCAAGAAGGGCGGAGCGUCGGGCUUUAGGCUUGCGGCCGGAAUGUCGUCGGCGUCGUCGUCGCCAAAGAAGGGAAUGGGCAAGGGCAAGGGCAAGAGUAAGGACAAGGGCAAGGGCAAGGGCAAGGGCAAGGGCAAGGGCAAGGGCAAGCACUCGAGUUUGUCGAGCUCGGGCUCAUCCUCGGACAGCUCUCGCUCGUCGCGUGAGAGCAACGGCAAUGGCGAGAUUCGGGCGGAGGACGUGUCGGUCUCGGAGGCUUCUGUCUCCGAGGUGAGGUCGUCUGACCUCGAUGAGGCGUACGACUGGGACGACGACGAGGCGUUCCGCGAUCUCGGUGACGAGUUGAGACAGGCGGACGACGCCGACAACCGUCGUGCACGCGACCAUGCGCGGCGUCUAGCCGAAAUGGAAAAGGCGCUGCGGCUAGGGAAGACCUCGCGGGUGUCAUCAGGUCGCGGACGCGAUCAGGGACGCGAGCGUGGACGCGGCGGCAGCAGCGGCAAGCCCGACGGCGCGCUCCCUGUUCGGCGUGGGUCUGGGCGCAGCGGCACAGGCGGCAAGUCGGCGCAGCGAACGUCCGAGGCCGGGUCGAAGCGGGGCGAUGGCAACGACGGAAAGAAGCGGCAACUAGAUCCCGAGCUGGAGCAGGCGCUGGAGCUGGCGCGACUCAACGGUGGUCGGAAGGCCAAGGCGCCGCAGCCAUUGUCCAAGAGCGAGAAGCCGUCGUUCAAGCCAUCGCUCAACGCACGGUCGCUGGCAAUGGCGUCGACGCGGAAGCGAGGCUUCAUGGAGGCCGAGUCUGUGGCGCGGGCGCGCAAGAUGGACGAGCUCAAAAAGGUGGAAGAGGACAUGUACUCUGAGCUCACGCUCCAGCCGGAGAUCUCCAAAGCAUCACACAAGAUUGCCAAGGAGGCCGGACGCAAGCCGCUGACGGUCGAAUAUGAGCGGCGGCUCGAGUAUCUUCAGCCGCCGUCGCGCGACGAGGCCUUUGCCGAGUUUGUACUCUCCGAGGGCGCAGAGCGCAAGUCGAUGAUCGAAGCCAAGAAGCGGCUUGUAGCAGACCGGAAGCGCGACCUGCGGCGGGCGCUGGCCGCGGUUGUGGCGGCGGGUGACGUCGACGAGGACUACGAGUAUGCACUGACCCGCGCGCGCAACGAGGCGCGCGGGUCCAAGAACCAUCCAGACUGGGAGGACAUUCCACUGCGAAAGAGCGACCGCGGUCACGUUGUAGACAUCGAGCCGGUGAUCGAGCCUUUCGUCCGCGAUCUCGCGCUGCUACACUCUGCCGUGGACCUUGCGUCAGCCUCGCUGGUUUCCGAGUUUGAGGUCUGGCGCAAGAUGCGGUUUGGCGGACUGGAAGACCGAGCGCAGGACCUUGCGGACAACAAGGUGCGUGCACGGACCAUCCGGCAGAACUACGAGCGGCAGCGCGCGAAGCGGGCCGAUUACGAGCGCAAGCAAGUGGAAAAAGUGUUUAAUCGGACACGGGUUCGCUCAGCCUCGCCCACCGGCGACGAAGGCGAGCUGGCGGCGGUGCAGGCGCGCGCCCUCGCGUCGCGGUACACGUCGCGACAGCCGUCUCGGCAGCCAUCACAGAUGGAUCGGUCGACCCGGUCGCCGCCGCCUGCAUCGCGGGCGGCGUCGACACGGUCACGUCAGACAUCGCAGCGCCAGCGGGCUGCACGGUCGCCGUCGCCGGCCUCGACCCGGUCGGCCUCGACCCGGUCGCGCAAGAUCGGUGCGGCCGGUACCUCGACCCGUUCGUCUGUCCGAGGCUCGUCGCAGAUCGGUCUCGGCUCGGACAGUGAGUCUUCGAGUGGGGCUAACGGGAUUCGGGUCAAGGAUAAGGACAAGGGUAAGGAAAAGGACAAGGGCAAGGAUACGAAUAAGGAUAAGAGCAAGGGUAAGGAUAAGGGCAAGGGAAAGGACAAGGGAAAGGAAAAAGACAAGGACAAGUCCAAGGACAAGUCCAAGGACAAGUCCAAGGACAAGUCCAAGGACAAGGCCAAGGACAAGGCCAAGGACAAGUCCAAGAACAAGUCCAAGAACAAGGCCAAGAACAAGUAACCAUAGCGAUGGCUACCACCGAGUCUGUUGGGCACUCUUGCCGUCCGUCCUGCCGUCCGUCCUGCCGUACGCUAGCUGGCCCGUAAACCGAUGCCUCUAGCCAGA